AUGUUUCGUGGUGAUCCCUUUGCCUGCAUUUCUGACGACCUGCUGGGUGUGAUCCUUCGUUUUGUUGCGUCCAACGGCAAUGAUUUCGACAGCACUGAUUCGCUCGCUAAUAACGAAGACGUUCUUCAGAAGGAAGUCGAGGAUGCAUUGCGGAAGCCGCCACCAUGCGAGAGCCAGCAGUUCGGCACGACUAAGGUUCCUCCUUCCGAGACUUGUUCCUUAGUCACGUUCAGCCACGCUCUGGUCUGCAAGCGAUGGCUGCGCGUCGCCAGCUCCGUGCAUCCCGCCAUCAUCGUGCCUCGCGACCGCUUCUUCUCCUCACAAGCUUUCGCCUCCCUCCUCGCUCCACCAAAAUCCAAGUUCCCGAAUCUUCUUCAUCUGCAUCUCGGCGAGUUCGCUUUGGACUCCAUGGAUAGCCACCUCGUGCGAUCCAUUUGCACCGGAUGCGGCUCGUCCCUGACGCAUCUCACGAUGCACCUGUACGAUCGACGGUUCUCGCGAUCCACGCAGCACGGCCGUAGCAGAGACCAUGAACAGUCAACCAGCCUCGCAACGUCCGAUGUCGCCACCAUCUUCGAAUCCUGCUCGCGAUUGGUCAAUCUCCAGCUGGACGGCGUUCAGGAGAUUCCGGCUGCCAUCAGCCGUCUGCAGCAGCUCACGAGGCUCAGUGUGAGGUUAAGCGAAGGCGUUACCGGGUUACCAGAGGAGUUCGGCAGGCUGGUGGGACUUAAGGACUUGCAGUUUCGGUCGGGGCGUUCGUUUAGUACGUCACCUGAUCCCAUAUGCUAUCUCAGCUCCCUCGAGCGACUCACCUUCAGCGGCUCCCACAUUUUCCAUCUGCCCAGUAAUUUGGGGCUGCUCCAGAAUUUGAAGUUCAUCAGCCUCAUGUUUCUAGAAGAAGUUUCCGUACUGCCAGAUUCGAUCUGCGAGCUUUCAAGCCUUUUGCACCUUUCUCUCAGCCACUGCCCGCAGCUGACCAGGCUGCCCGAAAACCUUCACCAACUGCCCAAUCUGGACACACUGGAGCUGAAUGGACUGAUGACAUUGGCCGCAUUACCUGAAAGCAUCGGCCAGCUGCCCGCUCUACAGGAAUUAUACAUCCACACCUGCCCGCGACUGACGCAACUGCCCGGCUCCCUAUCUGCCAGCCAGGCUCUUCGUCGCCUCACAGUCGACAACUGCUUAGACAUGGUCUCACUACCCGAAGACAUCGGCCUGAUUGCCUCUCUCCAGUACCUGCACCUUGAUUCUAUUGAUGAGCUCAAUAUGCUCCCGGACUCCGUGGGCUUGCUCUCUGGUCUUAAGGAGCUCAUAAUCUUUGACUGCUGCGAGUUAGAGGGUUUUCCGGAGUCUGUUUCUGCAAUGGGGUCCCUGACCAGCCUCGUUCUUGACGGCUGUGCUGUCAGUACGCUGCCCGAAGACAUUGGGCAGCUUCAAAACUUGACAUUCAUGAAGCUGUCUUGCUCGGGACUCAUGGAUCUGCCCGAGUCUUUUGGGCAGCUUGGAAAUCUGAGGGAGCUGAUUCUGCAUGCGUGCUACGACUUGGCUGAACUCCCAGCUUCCUUCUCCAACCUUUCUUCACUGGAAACUCUGGAGAUAUAUGGUGCGCCCUAUCUUGAACAGUUGCCUCCGGGGUUUGAGAAGCUGCCGCAACUGAGUAGAUUGGAGCUGUUUAACUGCGCCAUCGGAGAACUCCCUGACGAGUUUGGAGGCUUGAGGAACUUGAAAGUGUUUAAGAUCGGUACCAGGGAUUCUUACACCAGGAGAGGGUUCGAUGUUGACAUUUUCUUAACUUGGUCCUAG